AUGGCUACAGGAAAGAGAUGCAGCAAUUACAACGCUGAGACAGAAGCACUCAUGAAGGCGGCCUCUAUGAUUGAUUACUCACAAGAAGAUAUCCCUCAAUCAGUCCUUGAAGCUCUGAUAAACAACACCUCCCCAAAACUAGCUAAACUUAUGACACGACUCAGCAAUAACCACAACAUAGCACUCCAGUGGAUACCUGCCCACUGUGGAGUAUCAGGAAACGAGGAGGCUGACCAACUAGCCAAACAGGGAGCAAAAACAGAGCAACCCAAUACCCAGGUUUCGUACAGAGAGAAAGUCACCAUCAUAAAGGCAAUCACCAGGCCCCAGCAAGAACAAGAUGCUUAUCACCUGCUUAACAGAGCAGAACAAGUAGUGAUGGUUCGACUACGCUCAGGACACAACAGACUGAAUGCCCACAUGUACAGAAAAUAUAAACUGGUACCCUCACCACUCUGUCCAUGA